AGUCUCCUCUCAGAUCUGGUAGUACUCCCCCGAUGGCUCGCGUCCCGCGCACCUCCGUCGUCGCUCCCUCGCCGGCCGGCGCCGCGCUCCACGAGUGCUCUUUCCCGCUCACGUACCUUGAUGCCUUGUGGCUCCACGUCCCGCCCGUCGACGGCGUCCUCUUCUACCGUGACGCCACCAGCGACGUCCUCCCCAACCUCGCGGACUCCUUGUCCCGUGCACUCGGCGCAUUUUACCCUCUUGCCGGCCGCCUCCGCCUCACCUCCGGCACGCACAACCGCUACGAGCUCCACUACCAGCCGGGCGACGGCGUCACCUUCACCGUCGCCGAGUACAGCAACCACCAUGUCGGCUUCGACGAGCUUGCCACGGACAACCCGACGGAGGUUGCCAAGAUCGUGCCGCUGGUGCCGCCGCUGCCCGAAGGCGGCGCGGUGCUCGCCGUGCAGGCCACCGUGCUGCGCGGCGGCCUCGCUAUCGGCGUGACCGUUCACCACGCCGCCUGCGACGGGGUGUCCUCGACGCACUUCCUCCGCACCUGGGCCUGGGCGGCGGCGGCGGCCUGCAGAGGCGCGAGCACGCCUGAGCCGCCCUUCCUCGACCGCUCCGUCAUCCGCGCCCGAGACGACCUGUACGACACUUUCAGAGUGCCCAUGCUGCCCAGCAACGACGACGACGACGACGGCGGCGGAGGAAAGCUCCUCGCCACGUUCACGCUGUCCAGGGAGCACCUGCAGAGCAUCAAGGACGUGGUAGCCCGCGAGGCGGAACGCCGUGGCGUGCCGCGGCCUCGCUCCACGUCGAUCAUCGCGGCGUUCGGCUUCGUGUGGCAAUGCUACGUCCGCGCUAAACCGGGCAGCACCGCAGCAUCGUGUUGCAGCGCCCGCGCAUACUUCCUCUUUCCCGCCGACCACCGGGCGCGGCUGGAGCCGCCCGUCCCCGACGAGUACCUCGGCAACUGUCUCGGCCCCUGCUUCGCGUCAGCGCCCGGGGAGGAUGUCGGUGCCGCAGGUGCGGACGGCUUGUUCGCCGCGUGCGCGGCGAUCGCCAUGACCAUCGACGGAGUGGUGCGCGGCGGAGCCGCCUGCUGGGACGGGUGGAUGGAGCGCAUCACCGAAGCGUACAGUGCGGGCGGCAUGCUGCUGACAGUUGCAGGGUCGCCGAGGUUCCGCGUGUACGACACGGACUUUGGGUUCGGGCGGCCGGCAAAGGUGGAUGUCGUGUCGGCGGCGAGGACCGGCUCGAUAUCUGUGGCGGAGGCGCGCGGCGGCGGCAGCAGCGGGGUGGAGGUGGGGAUCUCUUUACCGGCAUGCAGCAUGGAGUGUUUCAGCGAGUGCUUUGCGGAUGCCAUCGCUUGCCUUUCGUCGUAGGGAUGACCGCAUUGUCUGUUUGAGUGCGUGCGCAAUCAGAUGUUUAGUUAUAUCUACUAUUAAUAAAAGAAAUAAAUAUUA